AAAUUUACGACAAAUGUCAUAUAGAAAAAUUUAACUCGUUUUCAACCCAAUUUUUUUUUUAGUUUCAUAAUUCUAGUCGUUAUGGUAUCUGUUAAAUUCUGGAGCGUUUUGUUUUUGGUAUCCUGGGCUGGUCUUGGAUUGUUUCAACCAGCAGAAGGUCUGGACGUCAAACAACUCAUCUCCAUCAUUAAUAAAGCUAUUUUCAGUGUUACCAAGAUUUUUGAAGCAACGAUUAAUUCUGAUGAUAAAGCGAAAAGAAAGGAAAAGAGUAAAAAACAAAGCAGACAUUCUCAUGACCAAAUAAAAUGGAGGAAAAAAAGAAAUUUGGACGAUUCUUUGGAAAAUGAAGAUGUAAUCUAUCUUUUUGAUGUGAAACGUGACUAAUAACAAAAGCAUAAAAGUGGACAAAGACAGUUUACUAAUUGAGAAAAACAUUUUUUUGUUAGUUCAAUACAUAUGAAUGAUGAGAAUAAACUAAAAAUUUGACAACCACAGAAAUUUCAGUUUUUUUGUUGGCAAAUCGAGUAUAGCAGCAGAGUCAAUUGAUUUUAUACAGUAAGACUUCACCUUUUAGCAGCCUGAUUGUGUAGUGCAACGUAGCAAGCGGAUCAUGUUUUUAAUGUAUUUAAUCCGUUAUUGAAUUAACUCAAUAACAUUACCGAGUUUUCAGAAAUUUCUCGAAAAAAAAAAAUUUAAUUAACCGAAUUCUUUUUCAUCUAGAACGUUAAGAUGUCAGAUCUCUAGGGGUUUACGAGUAAUCUAUAUCAUUUUGUUUUUACAUGAAAUAUCACAAUG